AUGGAUGAGUCCCCUCACCCUGAUGCUUUUAAGACUUCUUGGUCUUGCGCGGACCCUUUUGUUAACACCAGGCUUCCACCUUGUCUCCAGCAGCUGUUACUUUGCUAUGGGACCGCCCUCGCGUCAAGCGACCCACUGUCACAUUCUGCUGCUUCAGGGAUCCUACCAGCAAUCGUAGUGCGAGAGCCAGCAGCGGCUCAGUGCUCCACUGGUGCGAGCGUAUUAGCAGGGUCAACGAUGCCAGCCAUCUCGGACACUUCUCCUCCUCUCCCUUCGUCAGCCAGAGAGGCCAGUGAGGAGGAUGCUGCAGACCAAGCACGAAUAACCUGGCGACACUUUAUGCGCCUUCACUGUCUUGCACCAUUGGGAUACAGCGACGUCUCCGAAGUGGCGACUGAUGUUUCCCACCCAGGUGGAUACCAGUCUUGGCAUCUCAACGACGUAAGGCGCAUGUGCGGGCACUUCGAGCAGAGCAGUGCCCUUUGGAAUCUUCUUCGGAAUCACCCAAGCGAUGCGGCCUACGGCCUCAGUUUUGCCCACGGCCUCGUGCAGCAUCUUGGGUUGCUUCGGCGUGUGUCGCCGGAGGAGUUCUUGUUAGAAUCCUCACUGCCGUCGGAGGGUUUUCAGAAGUGGUACAUAGGGAGAACUGUGGGUGCAAAGACUAGCAAGCCCACUCACAGCCGAGCCUCGAGUGGCAUGCUUCCGUGCCCAUGUGGAUGCGUCCGUGGAGGGACGAUAGCUGACCGUAUGGCGUUCCAGUUCCAUUCCACGUACUAUAAGAUACAUAACCCUUCGGAGGACCCUUAUGCGAAGUGGAAGGCGGAGGAGUUUUUACAUCCGCAAGACGGGAAUGAGGGGGUGGGUUCUGCUGUGUUCCAAGAGUCCCAUCGUGCUGCUAGUCUCCAGAUAGUUUCUCUACCUGUGUUAACUGUACAAAUACUCGCUAACUUUGUGCAAUCUAUCCAGUCACGCUAUGUUCCUCAUUCACUCGGCCCAAGGGGCUUGCAGCAAGCUUCCAGUCAACCAUUAGAAUUACAUCCGCAGGAAGCUUAUCGGAGCUUUUUCACUCUUCGGGAGCGACGCGUGGUCGUGAUAGCUUGUGCUUUACUCGCCUGGAAGCAGUUGGACAUGGAGGCCGACGCAUUUGCCUUCGUUCUUUCCGAAGGCCCUCAUGCUCCGGGCCCCACGUCAUCCUCUUCGCGCUCGAGGGAGCAGCAGGAAUCGGACUUACCCAUGAUGUCCGAGGUUGCGAGUGAUCAAGGUGUCCUCAACUCCUUCACUGACUUUCGCUGCUUUUGUUCACACGCCAUGAUCACCUCUUUCUCUCGUUCCCCUGUCGACGAGAUUCACGAAAUGGAAGAGUACGUCUUCGCGAAUCUUAAAUGUUGUGUAGGUGCGCCACCGUUAUGGUGGCGCGUUGCGGUGGAGAUGGUUCAGCAUUAUUAUUACGGUGUGCGACUGAAGGGGCAGUACGCCCUGAAUUGUUUCUGCCACCACGUCGACAGUGCGGCUGCGGUGGAGUUGCGUCAGCAUUAUCAGUACGCGAUGCAACGCCUGGUGAACCGCGCCAUAGCGUUUCUCUUGUUGCCUACUUUCCUCGAUAUAGCGGAUGGCGACGAGACAAAGAAUGCUAUCCGACAUUCAGAUCCUCCCAUUGCUGCCAGUCUGCAGGAUGAAUAUCCAACACAGCGUUGUUCAGGUGCCAACAUCGACUCCAGCCGGGGUACUGCAGACUCAAAGACAUUGAUGACUCUCAGACGGCACAUGAUGUUUAAUCCACUGUUGGGUUUUGGGCUCGCCAUCCACUGUGACGCCAUUACAUUCAACUGGGCCCUCAGUUUCAUUACCCUUCGCCCGUCUUUAAGCUCGCUUCCAGACGACCAGAGUACAGCAAGGAGCAAUGAAGUGCAGGAUGUCAACCGAGACGUCGCUAGCCAGCUGCGAAAGAUAUGCGGUGAAAUACAAAGUUGGUUUGAUGCUGUUAAUAUCUUGUAG